AGAAGAGAAAAAAAAAAAAGUAUAAAUAUUUCCUCUUCUUGCAAACACCCAGAGUGAGAGAGGGCUGCGUGGGUAGAGUGAGAAAGGGAAGGGAUCGUCUCCUCACUUUUUUUUUUUUUCUCAACUCUCACACUGUCAUGGUGCCACCGUCCCAGAUGUUCUCUUGAGGAAGCGCAAGAGCGGAGCUCCAAACGCCGAAAAACCUCGGAACGUGAGCGCGUGGGAGAACCGCAGGCGGCGAAGACGAACGGAAGUCUGGACGAGCGAGGUGGAGGCGGGGGGGAACGACGACGAGGCGGCUGGACAUGGAGCUCGGCGGGUUUCUCCUCGUAGCGCUCCUCCAGGCUCAGAUGGGGAUCCUGUGGACUCGUGAAGACGCAGAGAGGGGGGCACCACUGGAGAGGACGAGCCUCGAGCGGCCGAGAGGCGCCCGCAGUGCGCCGCCCCAGGGGGGCCGACUGGACAUCACCUUCCUGCCUGACAACAUGAGCCAUACAGUGGAGGACUCAAAGCGCUACUACAGCUGGCAGAGUUUCGGCCCGGACGACAGGCGCACGCAAGACUUGUGGGUGGACCUGAAUUCCCUGCACAAGAGCCAAGUCCGAAUCCACGGCAUCCUGUCCAACGCGCACCGCCAGGCGGCGAGGGUGGCACUUUCCUUCGACUUCCCAUUUUACGGGCACUACUUGAGACAAAUUAUCGUCGCAACCGGCGGUUUUAUCUUCAUGGGGGAGAUUACCCACCGCAUGCUGACCGCCACCCAGUACAUCGCCCCCCUCAUGGCCAACUUCGACCCGAGUUUCUCCAUGAACUCCACCGUGAGGUACUCGGAUAAUGGUCAUCUAUUUGUGGUCCAGUGGGACAAAGUCCGGCUAAAGGACCGAGAGGCCGAAGGAGCUUUUACGUUCCAGGCGGCGCUGCACAGAAACGGAACCGUCGUGUUUAACUACAGAGAAAUCCCGGUGCCGGUGGAGAGGAUAAACUCCACGGAGCAUCCGGUAAAAGUGGGACUGUCCGACGCAUUCAUGGCCUACGCCCCGUCUGCGCAGAUGACAGAUACAAAGCAGCGGACCAUCUACGAGUAUCAUCGCGUUGAAAUCAACACCACCACGAUCGUCAGCGGGUCGGCAUUUGAGUUCACGCCACUGCCUACUUGCCUCCAACACACAUCCUGCGAUCCCUGCCUGGGGUCCAACCUGACUAGCGGAUGCGGGUGGUGCAACACGCUUCAACGAUGCUCGGACGGGCUCGAUCGCCUUCGACAAGAGUGGCUGGAUUACAACUGUCCCGAAGAGGCUGAAGGAACGUGCGAAGACUACUACCCGCCGUCGCACGAGGAAUCGACGCUCACCUUCUACUCGUCACCUGCUCCGACGCCAUCUUCGGCCAAGUUCCACGACAACAUGGUCACCGGGGAGCCUCCGGAGCACACGAGGAUGACAGAGAAUGCGGCCAUCAUUGCCGGUGUGGUGGGGGCCCUGGUCCUGGUGGUGGCGCUGACCUUGCUGGCCGUGUACUACAUCAACACGCACCCCACAUUGGCUCCGCCCUUUUACCUCAUGCAGCGACGCAGCAAUAACUACUGGCCCGCCAUGAAAUUCCGCAACCCGGACUACCCGUCGGGCUACGGCGAGGCGGAGCCCGUCGGUCAUGAGAAGGAAGGUUUCAUCGAGGCUGAACAGUGCUGCUAAGGCCGGCCACGUGGAGAAAAAAUGGCGGAUUCAUUGGAAGUACACUCAGCAACUGGCUUUCUUUCUCCUCGCGCCUUUGAAGACGCGCGCACGUCGCAGGUCGCGAGGUCUGAAACAAAAUUCCUUGUGUGUUUUUGACAAAAUAAAGAUGAUUCUGAAAAGAGGGUGGAAAAAAAAAACCUCAUCAAAUCAAAACUAAAUGUCAGUGAACACUGUCUUCAUACUGUACAGUACGGUUCACGUGUUUUUAAAUCAAGUCCAUCUUUUGGGUUGGAGAGAGAGAAAUGUGAGGUUGUUGCAUUAUGUAAUUAUGAUAAUAAUGACUAAUGAUCUUUAGGAAAUUGACACGCUUGUUUUGUUUUUUCUGUUUAAAUGUCUUAAUA